AUGCAAGCCUCGCUUAGUAGCGGCGCGUGUAAGAGCAAAAACGUGAUGAUCUUUUGCCUGGCAGGUAUUUUGUUGCUGUCAUCUAGAGAGGUCUUUGCAUCCCCGUCUCACGAAGAAUCCACGUCGCAGUCUGAGAGUGUACAAGACGUUAAGGACUUUCCAGGGGAGGUGGUCACGUGUCCAACGCCAGGCGACUCGGAAACUCAGCAGACACAGACUGUGGCAUUGUCGAAGAAGACACCCGCCACAACAUUGCACUGCGUUGGCGAGGAGAACAAAAAAGUUCCCGAAGAUCCGUCAGAGGUCUGCAUUGUGCACGAAGACUCUGACAAGGAGGAGUGCAAGUCAAUUAAGCUCCAAACGUUGUUCAACGUUAACUCUGAUGUCCAAUGGAUACGCAGAACUCCCGCGGACGACACGAGCAAAGAGGCAUGGUCACUACAGCUGAUAGACUCGAAUCUUCCGCUGACCGAUACAAACUUCUUUGUUCGCUGUCAGUCUGGCGUUCAGAAUAAGUUCUGCCAAAUGAAUGUCUCUGUAACGGCGAGACCUUCCUCCGUAGACAACAACGUCGUGACCUGUGGCUACGGCCUGGACAGCAAUCCACAUACCCUAAAGACGGAGAUGACAAAAGAAAACAACACGCUCACGAUUGCGUGUGGGAUCAUCGGGUCUAUCAAUCCCGCAUCCUACGAGACUACGUACUGUGAGGACGAGCAGAUGACGUCAUGCAAGAAGAGCUACACAGAUAUUCUGAGCAACUACUCGCAAGGCUGGUGCAAAAAGGAUACAGCAGACAACAGUCGGGCGAUACUGACAAUCCCAAAGACAGAAUUUCCUAGUGAGGAGCUGAAAUUCUUCAUGGGUUGCGCGCCGAACGGUUUUUCCACCGGCGACAGCGGCUCUAGCUCUCAGCAGUCUGGAACGAAUUCCUCCCCAGCGAAGUCAUCUUGCAAGCGGUGUCGCCGUAUCACCAUGUCGCAAAAAGGCGGAACUGAACGCCAGACCAGUGGCUACAAGCCAAAGGCUCGCAAGUUUCUUACCGUAUGUGUAGGGGGGGUGUUAAUGCUGUCGGGCGAAGCAGCCCACGGGCAUCCACUUCAGGAAGGGCGUCUUCUUCGUAGCGGGGAUGGGCAUGAUGCACAGAAUCUCGGGGUGGUGGUCCACUGCCCCGUGUCCAACAGUGACGCUGCUGCUCCAGAUCCUGUCACAUUAUCUAGUGAGGCGCUGACCACAACGUUAUACUGCAAUGGCGCAGGCAACACGAAAGUGCCGAGUGGUGCGACUGAAGUGUGUGCUCCCCAGUUGGAGACGUUAGCAACAUGCACGUCGGGAACGAAGAGCACAUUGCAAACGCUCCUCGGAACCAGCUACAGCAUUGAAUGGAAGAAGAUGGAUCCGCCGCCGGAGGAUCAAGGAGAAGCAUGGAUGCUGAAGCUGUCAGACCCAGACCUGCCUUUCAAGGAUGCCAAGUUCUUCGUCGGUUGCCAAAAUAGUUCACGGGCACCAGCGGAAUGCAAGGUUGACAUCACUGUGAAAGCGAGGCGUUCCUCCGUAGCUGAUAACGCUGUGAGCUGCGCAUACGGCUCAGACAGCAACCCCAACGCACUGAAUGUGGAAAUCACACAAGAGAAGAACACAUUAACUCUGACCUGUGGGGAGGAUGGCGUCAUCAAGCCGGCGACUGACGAAGGGCACUACUGCGAGGACGAGAAGCUGGAGAAAUGUGAAAAGAGCUUCCAGGAUAUUCUUCCCAAGUUCGACAACCAGUGGUGGACUAAGAAGGGACAGCCGCCUGCCGCCAUGAAGCUGACGAUCCCUAGAGAGGACUUUCCGUCUGAGGAGCAGAAGUUUUACAUUGGAUGUUCACCCAAAUCGACGGACGUCGAACCGAAAGCCUCCGUUUUGGAAGGAGAUGGCGCUCAAGCACCUUCCACGGGUCCCACAACUUGCAGGGUGCUGGUGACAGUGAAGGCUGCAGGAUCUGUCUCGAAAGUUUCCACUUUUGGUCAGCUCUUUCCACUGGCAGGUGCUGCGGCUGCCCUAGGGCACCUCUCCAUCUUCACCUGA